CCCUUUGCCAGCCAGCUGGUGUAAUGCUAAAAGAAACACGGAUAUUUUUUUGUUUCAGGGCAAGGAGAACACCGUUGCAGUUGCAUGUGUAGAAAAGAGCUACAGCUGUUUUGGAAGAGGAAGGAAACAGCAAUGUAUAACAGAUGUGAUAAUUCCGUGACUCUCAUCUCGUGCAAAUAAAACGGAAUGUCAGCAAAAGCACAUAAAUAAAAAUAAGGGAGAAACCCACAACACAAAAUUAGAAAGCAGGAGAAUAUCGACCAAUCAAGAAAAAAGAAACUGGCAGAGAUAUUUGUUUUUCGAGAUGAAUUUCAAGCAUUUGCUCACCCUGUUCACCGGCCUGAUAGAAUGCAUGUGCUUUGCAGGGAUCACCUUUGGGUGGGCAUCUCUUAUGUUUGUGCUAAAGAAGGAGAAUUAUUUUCAGGAUUUGUGUCCUUCCUCGGGGAAUCAAAGCGUUAAUACAACUGAGAGCUGUCCACAACAGGAUGAACGCUUCUCUCUCAUAUUCACCAUUGCUACUUUUAUGAAUAAUUUCAUGACUUUUCCAUGUGGAUAUAUUUUUGAUCGCUUUGGAACUGCAGUGACUCGAUUUAUAGCAAUAUCAAUCUACACUGCAGCCUUACUGCUUAUAGCACUGUCCAGUGCAGACACAGCCAUACUCUUGUUCCCUGCACUUCCAUUGCUAGCAACGGGGGGAAUACUCCUUAUGCUAACUAACAUGCAGGUGGCAAAUCUCUUUGGUAAACAUCGUUCCACCAUUAUAACAUUUUACAAUGGGGCCUUUGACUCAUCCUCUGUUAUUUUCCUGAUUUUUAAGGUGCUGUACCAGAACGGGGUAUCCUUGUAUGCUGCGUUUGUCUUUUAUUCUUGUUGCAGUAUAUGGCACAUUGUAAGGACGCUUUUUCUGAUGCCCAAAAUGCAUAUUCCACAUCCUGUUCCAGAAGGGUACAGCUAUGGUAGCUUGCAGUGCCAGAAAUCGGACACAUCAAACCAUCUAGAAUCUUCUAGGCUGUCAAAUUCUGAAAAGCAGUGUGGUUCAGUGGAACAGGUGGCAGAUGGAAAUAUAAAUAGUCUUUUAGAGAAUGAGAAUAAGGGUGUAGUCCCAUUCUGGCAGUGUGCAUUCUCAUCAUUGUUUGCUUUCCACUUCAUCUGGCUGUCUCUCAUGCAACUUCGGCACUAUAUGUUUAUUGGGACAUUAAACCCUACAGUGACACGUCUCAGUGGAGGAGACCAAGACAUAGUCAGCCACUUCACUAAUGUUUUUGCAAUAUCACAGUUUUGUGGCGUUAUAUGUGCUCCUUGGAAUGGUCUUCUCAUGGACAGACAUAAGCGGAAACAGAAAGUUUCAGACUCAUCGGUAGACCUACGUGCUUCUGUCCUCUCAUUGACUGUCACAACCGCACAGUGCUUGCUCUUCUCAAUCUGUGCCGCACUUUCGAUGCUCCCUGCUCUGUAUCCAACAUUUAUCCUGCAAGUCUUGAACCGCUCAUUCUUAUAUGGAGGAAGCGCAGCAUUCCUGGCCAUAGCAUUUCCAUCUGAACACUUUGGGAAACUGUAUGGAUUGGUGAUGUGUCUGUCUGCAGUGGUGUCUCUUCUUCAAUACCCAGCAUUUUACAUCAUCAGGACCCAUCUACAUGGUGACCCUUUUUAUAUUGAUAUUACUCUCCUUAUCCUGGUGCUCCUUACAUUUAUUCAUCCUAUUAACGUUUUUCGUGUUUGCAAACAGAAGAAGCAUGCAAAGGAGGGAUAACAAUUUUAUCAUCUAUAUUAAUAAAAAGCAAAUAAAGCAAUAAAACAAGAUGGCGGAUUACAUAAA